GCUCCCAAGCUGCGCGCCUCGGCGUCGAGGCCGGCUGGCGCGCUGUGUCCUUGGCAGGUGAAGCCUUUACGAACACACGCGACCUUGUGGCGAGGAUUCAGGCCAUGAAAGCGGACGGUGCCACCACGGUGGCUGCUGUUUUUGCUGCACCGCAGAGCCCCGACAAUGGGGCUGCGAUGGAGGUGGUGGCAGAGGGAGACGGUGAGAAGCGGCCGGCACCAGCCGAGGAGUUUCGCGAGAUCACCAUGGACCUGUCACAGCCUUUGGGCAUUAGCUUCACUGACGACGUCGUGGCGAAGGAAGUGAAGGAGGGCUCCCAAGCCGAGAAGCUGGGAGUAG